UAUCUAUUCUCUUUCUUUCUCCUUCACGCCACUCUCUCCUUAAAAGCCAACCUUUUUCUCCAUCUCUUCUCUCUCUCUGUGUGGUGCUUGCUUUCAUCAAUGGCGACUCUAGAAGACAUAGGAGUCUCGGCCCUUAUAAACCUCUUCGGUGCCUUCUUGUUUCUGAUAGCAUUCGCUGUCCUAAGAAUCCAACCCAUCAACGACAGAGUCUACUUCCCCAAAUGGUAUCUCUCCGGAGACAGACACAGUCCCCGCCGCUCCGACGGAAACCUCGUCGGAAAGUUCGUCAACCUCAACUUCAAAACAUACUUCACUUUCCUCAAUUGGAUGCCUCAAGCCAUGAAAAUGAGUGAAUCCGAGAUCAUUCGUCACGCUGGUUUCGAUUCUGCUGUUUUCCUCAGGAUUUACACUCUCGGCUUGAAGAUCUUUGUACCAGCCAUGAUACUAGCACUCGCAGUUCUUGUUCCAGUGAAUGUAUCAAGCGGUACACUCUUCUUCUUGAAGAAGGAACUCGUUGUCAGCGACAUUGAUAAGCUCUCCAUUUCUAAUGUCCAGCCUGAAUCCUCCAAGUUCUUCUUCCACAUUGGAGUAGAGUACCUUUUCACGCUAUGGGCAUGUUUCAUGCUCUACAGAGAGUACAACACUGUUGCACUAAUGCGUCUCCAGUAUCUAGCUUCUCAGCGUAGGCGUCCUGAGCAGUUCACUGUUGUUGUCAGAAACGUCCCUGACAUGCCUGGACACUCAGUUCCGGACACUGUGGAUCAGUUCUUUAAGACGAAUCACCCCGAGCAUUACCUCUGUCAUCAGGCAGUUUAUAACGCGAACAAGUACGCGAAGCUGGUGAAGCAAAGAGAGAGGCUGCAAGACUGGUAUGACUAUUAUGUGCUCAAGCAUCAACGCAAUCCUCAUAAGAAGAAGCCUACUUGCAGAACAGGGUUUCUUGGUCUAUGGGGUAAAAAAGUUGACUCCAUCGAGUACUACCAACAACAGAUCAAGGACUUUGACCACACUAUGGCUUUGGAGCGCCAAAAAGUUCUAAAAGACUCAAAACUGAUGCUUCCUGUCGCAUUCGUGUCGUUUGAUUCACGGUGGGGAGCUGCCGUUUGCGCACAGACGCAGCAGAGCAAGAAUCCAACGUUGUGGCUAACGAGCAGCGCUCCAGAGCCUCGUGAUAUCUAUUGGCAAAACCUUUCUAUACCUUUUAUCUCAUUGACCAUCAGAAAGCUCAUAAUCGGUGUGUCAGUCUUUGCAUUGGUCUUCUUCUACAUGAUCCCCAUCGCUUUCGUGCAAUCUCUUGCCAAUUUACAAGGUCUUGAUAGAGUUGCGCCUUUCCUCAGACCUGUCACUAGACUGGACUUUGUAAAGUCAUUCUUACAAGGUUUCCUACCUGGUCUUGCUCUGAAGAUUUUCUUGUGGAUCCUCCCGACAGUACUGCUGAUUAUGUCGAAGAUUGAGGGCUACAUUGCUUUAUCUACACUUGAGCGUAGAGCAGCAGCGAAGUACUAUUACUUCAUGUUAGUAAAUGUGUUCUUGGGAAGUAUCAUCGCCGGAACAGCGUUUGAGCAGCUUGACUCUUUCCUUCACCAGUCACCAACUCAGAUUCCUCGAACCAUUGGGGUCUCUAUACCGAUGAAGGCUACCUUCUUUAUAACGUACAUAAUGGUUGACGGGUGGGCUGGUAUCGCGGGUGAGAUACUCCGGUUAAAGCCACUCGUGAUCUUCCACUUGAAGAACAUGUUUAUUGUGAAGACGGACCGAGAUAGAGAGAGAGCAAUGGACCCUGGUUUUGUCGAUUUCAAGGAGACUCUCCCAUCUCUCCAGCUCUACUUCCUCUUGGGGAUUGUCUACGCCGUUGUCACUCCCAUUCUCCUUCCCUUCAUUUGUGUCUUCUUCGCUUUUGCUUACUUGGUCUAUCGCCAUCAGAUAAUCAAUGUGUACAACCAACAAUAUGAGAGCUGUGGAGCGUUCUGGCCGCACGUUCAUGGGAGGAUAAUAGCUAGCUUGUUGAUAUCUCAGCUUCUGCUUAUGGGACUUUUGACUUCUAAAAAGGCAGCAAACUCAACGCCUUUGCUUAUCAUCUUACCCAUUCUCACUCUUUCUUUCCACAAGUACUGCAAACACCGCUUCGAACCCGCCUUCGGAAAGUACCCACUCGAGGAUGCAAUGGCAAAAGACAAGCUGGAGAAGGAGACAGAACCGGAGUUGAACAUGAAAGCUGAUCUUGCGGACGCGUACUUACACCCGAUCUUCCUUUCAUUCGACGAAGAAUUAGAUGAAGAAGAUGAGAGGCACCAAAAAGAGACAACGGAGGUUAGAGUGGACAAACAUGAAACACAGUCGUCUAGUCCUGUGACCGAGCUCGGUACUCCUUCUCAUUACCAGCAACAUGAAGUCUACAAUCCCACGUCCCCUUCUUCGCAUUACGCUUCCGCUUAUGAGCAGUCAUCGUCUCAGUAUGAGUACCAUUACGAAACUCAUCGGUAUGAGGAGCAUGGUGGAUACCGUUACAACAACUGACAAACAAAAGGGUGUCUUAUAUGAGGCGUACUUGUAUAAGUAGUCGUUUAAAAUUUAAUUAAAUGGUUUAGGUUUUAUUGGUGGUGCUAGGAGAUUGGUGGUAUUAGUGUUGUUCCAAGAUUGAUUUAUUCGCAUCUUCUUUCAGUUUUUUUUUUGGUAAUUGUAAAACUUGGUUGAUAGUGCAUGUGAUGAAAACUAUGAAUAUUUAUUAGGAAAAUUGGAAAAAUAAGACACUUUAAACU